CUUUUAUGCACAAUCCCAUAAACCCUAAAACGCUAUAAGCUCUUCAGCUGCCCCACAGCAGUUACAGGACCAACGUUUCUCAACCUUUCUUUAACUAUUAUUUAAAUUAAAUUAGUAGAGGUAAAAAUUAAAAAAUUGAAAAAAAGAAACCCGUGAAAAUGUUGGAUGAAAGUAAGUUCGAUGUGAAUUUCAAAUUGUUAGCACUUCGAAUACCUCGCGAGCUCUGCAAAAUCGCCACUCGUUUACUCAAUGGAUACUUGCUGGACAAGCCUCGUGUUAAACCUAUAACUGAAGAUCCAACAAGUGAAAAGAACCGUUAUGUGAUUUUGUCUGAGAAAGUUCAAAAUCCUGAUUUAUCAGAUAUUCCAAGCCAAAAACUUGAUGAACUCGAGAAGUUAUGUGAGAUUGAAGUAGUUCCAUAUUCAUUGACACUUGGAUAUUCUUAUUGGACUGCUGACCAUAUAUUGAAGCAGAUUCUGCCUCCUGGUGUGGAGGUACCUUCAUCUUUUGAAACAAUAGGUCAUGUUGCCCAUCUAAAUAUUCACAACGAAUUGCUUACUUUCAAAGAUGUGAUUGCAAAAGUCAUUUACGAUAAAAAUUAUCCAAGAAUUAAAACAGUUGUUAAUAAAGUUGGAACGAUUACAAAUGAGUUUCGAGUACCAAAAUUUGAAAUUUUGGCAGGAGAAAGUGAUAUGGUUACAGAAGUGAAGCAAUAUGGGGCAACAUUCAAACUAGAUUACAGCUUGGUCUAUUGGAAUUCAAGACUGGAACAUGAACACAUAAGGCUUGUAUCUCUAUUCCAGCCUGGGGAGAUAAUUUGUGACAUGUUUGCUGGUAUUGGACCAUUUGCAAUUCCAGCAGCACAGAAAGGAUGCUUAUUGUAUGCAAAUGAUUUAAACCCAGACAGUGUUCACUAUUUGAAGAUCAAUGCAAAAAUCAAUAAGGUUGAUGGUUGUGUUUUUGCAUACAAUUUGGAUGCUCGGAAAUUUGUUUCAGAAUUGAUGGCAGUACCAGUUUGUGAAAAGAAUUUAGAAUCAGAUGAUUCCAUGGUCAAAGCAUGUGACACUUGCAGCAUCAAGACCAUUGAUGAUGCAAAGGCAGAAGGCACAAAGCUUGGCAUUGUGGAGAAAGAAGUAUCAGGUAAUGAUGUAAAAAAUGAUCUGGAGGGCAUUGAAAAUUUUUCUACGACUGUAGAUGGAUCUAUAGUUGCAAGUAAAAGACCUCCAGAUUGUUUCACAGAAGAGAAUGGAAAUGACUACAGUGGUCAUAAGAAAAAGGGAAAUACACAUAAGAGGAUGAAAGGCUCUGUUAUGCCCAAAGCUAAGGCCUGGGAGCAUGUUGAUCAUGUGAUAAUGAAUCUUCCUGCUUCUGCUUUACAAUUUUUAGAUGCAUUUAGGGGUAUUAUCUCAAGGAAAUGCUGGAAGGGGCCUCUCCCAUUGGUUCAUUGCUAUUGCUUCAUACGAGCAAAUGAAACUAAAGAAUUGAUAAUAUCAGAGGCAGAGUCUGCCUUAAAUGCCAAAAUAGAAGACCCAGUAUUUCAUAGGGUUAGGGAUGUUGCUCCUAACAAGGCAAUGUUUUGCUUAAGCUUUAGGCUGCCAGAAGCAUGCUUUAUUGAAGACAUCACUGGCAGUAGCGGUCAUUCUACUGGUGAGUUAUGAGUUAUGACCCUUCUUCGAAGUUGGAGUGGUAUUCUAACACACAUAGCUGAAACAGAAAAGAACAUGGGAGAGGGAGUGCUGCUAACAUAGCAUUGAUCUCAAGAAGUAUCCACUUUUCUAUUGCUUUCACUAUUGUCAUGCAUGUAUAUUCACCUUUUGCUGUAACUGUAAGACACCCGUUUUAAUCUAUCCCACCUGCAGAAAUCAUGUAUGAAGCUUUAUCUUUCAUGAAAUACGAUAGUGCUACAAUUUUUGCUACAAUUUAACAGUCGAAUAUUAAUUUUUAAGAACUCGUUGAUCUCUUUCUCUCUCUCUGUCCCCUGCCCCAACCAUUACAAAUUUGCAAUUGUAGUUUUUGAAGAGCAUUGCUCCCUCAAGUCCAGAGUUGGGGAAAAAAAAGAGGCCACUGGUUUUCAUCCUAAAAUCAUCUUGCCAUGAGUUUUACACCCCUGUAACUAACAAGUGCUUUAGUUGUUAACAAGCUGCUCUUCCUAGAAGCUUUCACUGUCCAAUUUUUACCUUAAGGACCUCGAUAUAAUUCAAAAGAAAAAGAAAAAAAAAAACUGUUUGUGUAAAUAUGUUGCAGCCAAUGUUAAAUCCAGGAGACCCAAGUGUCUCAAGAGGCAAUUUUCCACCCAAGGCUUUUGGCAUGGUGAAGUUAGCAGACCUUUUUUAGGCAUAUCCCAUACUGUUGUCAUUGUGGUACUCCAGCGUGU